UCUCUGGCAUUCUUGUUUACGUCUGGUGAAAUAGUAUAGUUUAUGCAGAAGUAAAGAAAUUGUGCAAAAUUUUGUCUGUUGAAAAAUUGUAGUGAAAACUUGAAUAUUGUUGGCAUAACAUCGAAAUCUGAGCGAAAAAAACACCAAAAUACAACUGCAUAAAGCAGAAAAAGCAUAUUUUCUCUAAUCUUUCAAGGGCAACUCAAGCAAAGCCAUGUCCUCCACAUUGGAACUAUGCGAAAAGUUGUUUGAUACCAAAGAUGUCUACAAACUAUUUCAAAUUGAAAAGACCGCCACAGAGAAAGAACUGAAAAAAGCAUAUUACAAAUUAUCUCUCUUAGUACAUCCGGAUCGUGUGCCAGAAGCCCAAAAACAUGAUGCCACAGAAAAAUUUAAGCUCAUAUCAAAAUUAUACGAAACCCUUUCGGAUAAAGACAAGAGGGCUUUGUACGAUGAGCAGGGUAUCAUAGACGAUGAUGAUGAUAAUUUGGAGGGUAAGCUGAACAAUUGGUUGGAAUUGUGGAGGAAACUUUUCAAACCCAUUACCACCGAAGACAUCAAUAACUAUGAAAAGUCUUAUGUGGGAUCUGAUUUGGAAAAGGCUGACAUCAAGAAAGCCUAUCUCAAUGGAAAGGGUUGUAUUAAUUACAUGAUGAAUUCGGUGCCGUUUAUGAAGGUCGAAGAUGAGCCCCGUAUUCAGGAGGUUGUACGUAAAAUGAUUGAAGAAGAAGAGUUGCCAGAAUACAAGGCAUUCACACAAGAACCAGAAAUGAAGCGCAAAAAACGUCACAAGAAAUAUGCCCGCGAAUCUAAGGAGGCCAAAGAAAUAUUGGCCAAAAUUGAAGCAAAAAAUAAAAAGCAGGCUGAUGCUGCCGGUAGUACCAGUCUGGAGCAAGCCAUUAUGCAUAGACAAAAAGCUCGUGGGGAGGGCUUCAGUUCUCUGCUUGAUAACCUAAUGGCAAAAUAUGGUAAUGAAGAUGAUGAUGAGGCCAUAAGUUUGGAAGAUUUGGGAAAAUCCAGAGGCAAGAAAAAGGGACAAAAGAAAAGCGCAACAAAAAAAGAUAAGGAUGAGCCACAAUUGCAUACUGUAAAAAAUGGUAAAGUUAAAAAGCGCUAAAUAAGUUUUCCGUGGAAGCCUAUGAAUAUACUUAAAAUUAUAGAACCACACUGUAGAUCAUAAGAUGUAUUUUACUAUACUACUCAUUUUUGCCCAACCCAAUCAACUUGAUCUUAUCGUAAAAAUUAUUUGGAAAAUGUUUUGCAAGUA